AUGGCUGCACCAGCCUGGACACACUUCGUGCUCCAAUCCCCUCCCUCCCUAGGCUUCUCCGACGAAAAAGAACCCCAAGCCCCCUGCGGAGGCUUCGACCCGGCUACAGUACGGGACACAGUAACAGCCUGGCCAGUCUCGGGACACCCCGUCAGUCUGACCAGCACCCACUCCAUGGCGACGUGGGUCUUCCGCGCUGCGACCCUGACGAACCCAACCGUAUUCAUGGACAUGCAACCCAACAUCAGCCAGUCCGGGCUGGGCAACAUGUGUUUUACCGUUACAGCCCCGCCGAGCCUCGCUGGUCAGCAGGGGAUUGUACAGGUAGUGCAGGCGGGCAUGAUGGGGAUGGAUCCGAACAUGCCCGGGAUGACGGGUAUGGAUCACAUGAUGGGAGAAAUGCUGUAUCAGUGUGCCGCGGUGAGGUUCACCAACGACGCCCCCGCUGCGAUGACGAGGGAUUGUACGAAUUCGUCGACGGUGAAAGCGGAUUUGAUGCCUAUCAUGGCGGGCAGCUUACUGAAUAAGUGGGGGACUUCGGGGAAGGAGGGGUCCAACUCUACGGCAUCUCCGUCGGGCAAGUCGGCGGGCAGCAAGGGGUUUGCGGUUGGUAACUGGCUAGGAUUGGUUGGGGUUACGGCGCUGGUCGCUUUCGUCUAG